AAGUUUUCAAAUCCAAUAUGGCGAUUCCGGUGAUCGACUUUGAACGACAUGUGUGACCUGUGAUUUAUUCUGGCUCUAUAAUUUCGAUCGGAUAGUGCUUUGUUAAUAUUUCGAGCAUAAAUUAUUUACUAUUAGAGACACAAUGGUGCUAAUAUGUCAAUAUUGCGGUAAGAAAGGCGGAAUAGAAGGCAGAACUCUGCAUAAAUUUCCAUUAAACAAUUCCGAGCUUCUUGAAAAGUGGAUCACUGCUUUAAAAUUGGGAAAUUAUAUUCCGCAUAAGAAAAGCAUAAUUUGCACGAAAUACUUUUCAAAAGAUUGUUUCUACACUGCACGGACGGGCUAUUUACGAUUGAAAGAAAAUGCAGUACCGUCUAUAUUGGAAACAACCGAGGAUACGCAUAAUUCAGAGGACCAGGCUGCUAGUGCAGAAGAGAGCAGGGCGAAUUGUUCAAGCGUGCUAUCAGAAAUGGACAUAGAAAUGGAAAACGACGAAAAUUGUGACACAACAAAUGAUAACUCGAUAACAGAAAUUGAUAUAGUUACGCAUGAAGAUGAUUCAGAGGAGCGUCCUUCAACUUCUUCAAGCCAAUGCACGCCAAGAAGUUUAAACCGGAAGAGGAAUUGUACAUAUGAUCAUUCCUAUGAAUUAUCUCCAAAUAGCAUGAAGCGCAAGAUAUCUCGCCUAAGUGCUACAGUUAAAAGGCUGCGAGCGGAGUCUAAAGUGCACAAUAGGCGUAUUCAGCGGCUAAAGAAGAAGAUCACUAGCCUGAACGAUCUACUCAUCCGAGAAGGAAUUUCUCUUAUAUAUGGAGAAGUUAUAAACAGAUGAUGCUUGGACAAUUAAGCAUACCGUGGGUGAAUGAAGUGCACCAAAUUGUAAAAUAUUUGUUAUUUUCGAAAGGAAAUCUAUUUUUGCAUUUGUAUAUUAAUCCAAAGAGAUGGUUGUAAACUAAAGAUAUUUAUCUCUUAAUUGUAAAUUUAAUCUUUUAAUUCAAAUUAUAUAUCGACUGAAACAAAUUCCAAAUCAUUCAAUUUGUUGGAAUUAAUUUAAAUUUAUGCGAUUAUUCGCGUUAUAGAUAGUUUGAUGUAUAUGAUAUGAUGAUACAUGUAUAUAUAUAAGCAACAUAUUUAUUAAUUCACUUUUGUAAUCGCUUCUGUAAGAUCAAUUACAUUUCGUUGGCUCAAUCUACACA